AUGGUUAUUGUCAGUAGUUGGGUUUGCUCUUUUUCCACCAUGAAAAUCAGAAGACAACCGAGGAAAUCGGUUACGAACCUCCUUCAGGACUCAUCAACAUCGAAGGAAGACUUGUGUUGCAAUCGCUUUAAGAAGAUUAGCAUCUGUUUACGAGAAGAGGAUAUAAUUGGGAAAACAGAUGUAGAAAUAUUCAAAGGUGGCGCUGUAAAGGAAUCCCAAGACUUCAAAAGAGAAGUUCUUGAAAAAGGAUUACCAGGAAAAGGGAAAAUAAGACCGAAUUAUUUGUCGUCUAGAAGGCUAAAGAGACAGAAGUUAACAAAACUAUUCAUAUUACAGGUUGAGGAAACAAUGAGAGCAAAACAAAUUUUGGCAACCAUGUCACAUGAGAUAAGAUCUCCAUUAUCUGGGGUUGUUAGCAUGGCAGAGAUUUUAUCAACUACAAAAGUCGAUAAGGAUCAGAACCAGCUCUUGGGUGUUAUGUUAUCUUCUGGUGAUUUACUUCUUCAACUUAUAAAUGCCAUUCUUCACCUUUCCAUAGUCGGGUCAGUUUAA